AAGUGGAGGGAGGGGAGAGAAAAAAGAUGAUGUCAAAACAGAACGAAGCUGGCUGGAUUGCCCCUCCUCAACUUUACUUACGUGUGUGUGCACACACACACUCUUAAACACACAGUGACGCGGUCCUGCUCACACACAUCUCGGGAUGGGAAGCAGGGUGUCGUGCGAGUUGAGGGCAGGAUGGGAGGAAUCUGAAACCUGACUUCGGUCCGCUGACUGAUGACGCCUGUUGAUCCCUUCAUAAAUGCAGCUCUGGCGCAGGCUGAGAGGGAGUGGGACUCCGGUGUCACAGCUUCAGGAUGGCCAGUGAAGCUUCCACCAUUCCCAGUCCUGUUGUCCGACAAAUCGACAAGCAGUUCCUGAUCUGCAGCAUAUGUCUGGACCGCUACGAGAACCCCAAAGUGCUCCCCUGCCUGCACACCUUCUGUGAGAGGUGCCUGCAGAACUACAUCCCGGCCCACAGCCUCACCCUGUCGUGCCCCGUGUGCCGCCAGACCUCCAUCCUGCCGGAGAAGGGUGUGGCGGCGCUGCAGAACAACUUCUUCAUCACCAACCUGAUGGACGUGCUGCAGCGGGCGCCGGACAGCUGCAGCCAGGAGGCCGCCGCCCUCAACAACAUCACCGCCGUGGCCACGGGCCAACUGCUGUCCUGCCCCAACCAUGGAGGCAGCGUCAUGGAGUUCUACUGUCCUCCGUGCGAGACGGCCAUGUGUCAGGAGUGCACGAGCGGCGAACACGGAGAACACCCAACAGUGCCUCUCAAAGACGUGGUGGAACAACACAAGGCGUCGUUACAGAACCAGCUGGACGCCGUGAAAAAGAGGUUACCUGAGAUCGACUCGGCGCUGCAGACGCUGUCGGAGAUCCUGCAGCAGCUCACCAAUCAGAAGAGCUCCAUCGAGGACGACAUCCACACCACCUUUGACGAGCUGCAGAAGACGCUCAACGUGCGCAAGAGCGUCUUACUCAUGGAGCUGGAGGUCAACUACGGCCUCAAGCAGAAGGUGCUCCAGGCGCAGCUGGACACCCUGCUGCAGGGUCAGGAGGGGAUCAUCAGCAGCUGCAACUUCACCGAGCAGGCCCUGAGCCACGGCACGGAGGCCGAGGUGCUGCUGGUGAAGAAGCAGAUGGGCGAGCGCCUGGUGGAGCUGGCCAGCCAGGACCUCCCCCUGCAGCCCGGCGAGAACGACCAGCUGGACUUCCUGGUGGAGACGGACGGGCUGAAGAAGUCCAUCCACAACCUGGGCAUCGUGGUCACCACCAAUGCGGUGGCCUCCGAGACCGUGGCGACGGGCGAAGGUCUGCGGCACUGCGUGGUGGGCGUGCCCACCUCCGUCACCAUCACCACCAAGGACAAGGACGGAGGGCUGUGCAAGAUGGGCAACGCCGUCAUCACGGCGGAGAUCUCCUCGCCCGACGGCAUCAAAGGGGACGGGGACAUACUGGACAACAAGAACGGCACUUACGAGUUCCUGUUCACGGCUCCCAAAGAGGGCACCCUGAAUCUGUCCCUGCGUCUGUACGACCAGCACAUCAAAGGCAGCCCCUUCAAAAUAAAAGCCACCAAAUCCAUAGACGUGUCGCCCACUUCGGACGGCAUGAAGAAGAGGCUGAAGUCCCCGUGCAGCGGGCACAUCAAGCAGAAGGCCAUCAAGAGGCCGGCCAGUAUGUACAGCACGGGGAGGAGGAAAGAGAACCCCAUCGAGGACGAUCUGAUCUUCAGAAUCGGCACAAAAGGAAGAAACAAAGGGGAGUUUACUAAUCUGCAGGGAGUCGCUGCCUCCUCUCUGGGGAAGGUGCUCAUAGCAGACAGCAACAACCAGUGUGUGCAGGUCUUUUCCAAUGACGGACAGUUUAAGAGUCGUUUUGGCGUCCGGGGCAGGACUCCGGGUCAGCUGCAGAGACCGACGGGCGUGGCCGUCCACCCCAACGGGGACAUCAUCAUCGCAGACUACGACAACAAAUGGGUUAGCAUCUUUUCAAGCGAAGGCAAGUUUAAGAAUAAGAUCGGCUCGGGGAAGCUGAUGGGCCCGAAAGGCGUGUCGGUGGACAGGAACGGCCACAUCAUCGUGGUCGACAACAAGGCCUGCUGCGUCUUCAUCUUUCAGGUCAACGGCAAGCUGGUCACCAAGUUCGGUAACCGCGGCAACGGCGACAGGCAGUUUGCAGGCCCUCACUUUGCUGCCGUCAACAACAACAAUGAGAUCAUUGUGACUGAUUUCCACAACCACUCAGUGAAGGUCUUCAACACAGAAGGAGAAUUCCUGCUGAAGUUCGGGUCCAACGGUGAAGGCAAUGGCCAGUUCAACGCUCCCACGGGAGUCAACGGAAACAUCAUCGUAGCCGACUGGGGCAACAGCCGGAUACAGGUGUUCGACGGCAGCGGUUCCUUCCUGUCUUACAUCAACACAUCAGCAGACCCGCUGUACGGCCCGCAGGGACUCGCUCUCACCUCUGACGGACACGUUGUGGUCGCCGACUCUGGCAACCACUGCUUCAAAGUCUACCGCUACCUGCAGUAGCCCGUCUCCUCUCAACGCACAACCUCGACAGACUGUAAAUACCAGACACACGUUUGCCAGUGUGGAGGAUCAACUGGAAGACGUUUUCUUCUCCUUCGCCGACCCGUUUCCAUCCUCCAAUAGCACCGCCGUCGUGCCAUCUGUGUGACUGUUGCCCACAUGUUUCGACCCUCCAUGACGGAAUUACUUGUGCUGUGUGUGAAUUGAGACUUUCUCCCUCAUGCACAGAUUGCUGCUUCUCAUGACCUUGAUCACAUUCCAUGUUAACGGAUUUGAAAAAAAACCUGAAGCUUUAAUAAUGUAAAUAAUGUCGAUUCCUCGUCACAUGGGAGGAAACUGGGAAAUAACGUUAUUGCACUUGUUCAUAGAAAUACUGGUAGACUACUGUGUUUGGAGAAUUUCAAGUUAAAAAGUAACUUACCUGAGAGGUAAUCGGGAAUACUAUCGAUAAUAAAAGACCCUGCAGCUUCCUAUGAUGAAAGCUCUGAGGAGAGCUCACAUUUGCCUGUUUAGAUAAAAGAAAAGUGUUCCACCUGCUGUAGGUAGCAGAGCAUUUUAAAGCAUGAUUAGGCAUCUCUGCAUGUUUUACUAAUGAACACAAAAGCACCUGUGCACAAAGUAGGAUCCAGUGACACGCUGUCAAAUAUUAACAUCACGAAAAAAAAUUCAGUGGCGGCGCCGUUCAAAUUCCAAUACCACUCAUAUGUGAUAAUAAAUAUUCAGUGUAAUCUGUGUGAACACUUUAAAAGUGUGUGCGUGUGUGUGCGUGUGUGUGCGGGUGUGUGCGGGUGUGUGCGCGUGUGUGUAAAUUAAAGGUACCAAACAUCUGCCACCUGAUAAGCUGACUUUCUGCUGUUUCCUCCUCUUGACAUUUCAACUUAACAAUCUGCUGUGAUGAUGUGCAAACAUCUAAAAAACUGUUGCUAAAAAAGCUGAAAAUAAACUCAGUUGGUUGCAUCCGUCUUCAUUUUGCGAGAUUUGUCCUCCAAGCUGAAAGGUUUCAUUUAACAAGACCAGAGGCAGAACUGCACAUCUGUGAUUUCCUUUCAUCCUCCCCAUGUGCCCUUACGUCUUCACAAAUAUAGAAUUAACAGGUUGUAAUUUAGCAAAACCAAUUUGUCUCUUUAAAGAAGAUAAAUAAAAUGCAAUAUGUAGUUAAACAGUUGAGGUGUGUGAUGUGAAGAUGCACUGUGCUCCUUUUAGAAAGCCUUGCUCAGACAUUGUCUUGUCAAGCACACAUUUUAUUUCUUUUUCUGGAUUUCCAUUUUCUACACAGUCCUGUAAAGGUAUUUGUUUUCCAUUGUCUUGUUUAUAUUUGUAAUGCCAAAUGGAAUUAAAGUGCCCAUAGUAAAAAAG